AUGGCGCCUCAAGAUACCCAUCUCGAGGAUGAUCUCGCUCAAGAGGCCGGGUACUCUGCGAAGGGUCUUGUUGCCCCAAAGUAUAUGGGCACAGUUGCAGAUCAACGAGACAUGAGCGCGUUAGGGCGAGUGCAGGUUUUGCGGAGAAAUUUCCGCUUCAUCUCAAUUCUUGGAUUCGGCUGCACGCUGAUUUCAACGUGGGAAGUCAUAUUGACGCUGUUGAGCUCCGCCUUGACUGACGGGGGCACGGCAGGGUUGAUAUGGGGCUUUCUUAUUGUCACGGCAGGAUUUGCCCUCGUUUUCGCCAGUAUAGCGGAAAUGGCUUCCAUGGCUCCAACCUCAGGAGGUCAAUACCAUUGGGUUUCUGAGUUUGCUCCCCGAAGGGGCCAAAAGUUCUUGAGCUACAUUACCGCUUUCCUCGCUGGCACAAUCAUACAAGGGCUGAUCGUUCUAAAUGACCCGACCUACGCGUUUCAGCGCUGGCACGGCACAUUGUUGGUGGUGGCAAUAACGACAUUUUCAAUCUUGUUCAACACAUUCCUGGCCAAAAACCUGCCCAUGGUGGAAGGACUUAUCCUGAUCAUUCAUGUGGUAGGGCUGUUCGCCAUCAUUAUCCCACUCUGGGUUCUUGCUCCUCGAAACAAUGCGAAAGCAGUCUUUACGGAGUUCAAUAAUGCUGGAGGAUGGAAUAGUGAUGGCACUGCCACUUUGGUCGGUCUCUCAACCACUAUUACAGCCAUGAUAGGCUAUGACUGCUCGGUACACAUGUCCGAGGAGAUCAAGGAUGCAGCGGAGACGCUCCCAAAAGCAAUGAUGUCCGCCGUCGCAGUCAAUGGAGUCUUGGGAUUUGUCAUGAUUGUCACUCUUUGCUUCACCCUCGGCGAUGUUGACAGCAUCUUGAGUACUCCAACUGGUUUUCCGUUCAUCCAGAUCUUCUACAACACCACCAACAGCCACGCGGCAACGAACGCAAUGACCGCGAUCUUGGUGAUCACGCUCACCGCCAGCACGAUCACUGAAGUCGCAACGGCAUCCCGGCAGCUAUGGUCUUUUGCCCGAGAUCAAGGAUUGCCAUUUUCAUCAUUCUUUGCCUAUGUCACCCCGGGAUGGAACAUCCCUCUCAACUCCGUCAUGGUUUCUCUAGCAGUCACCAUUCUUCUCUCCUUGAUCAACAUUGGCUCCCAGGUCGCCCUGUCCGCCAUCAUAUCACUGACAAUCACCUCCUUGAUAUCUGCCUACAUUCUUUCAAUAGGCUGCGUGCUCCUGAAGCGUAUCCGGGGCGAGCCCCUGCCACCUCGCCGAUGGACCCUUGGCCGCUUCGGUAUGGCCGUCAAUAUUGCCUCUUUGGCUUUCUUGCUUCCCAUCUUCGUCUUUUCCUUUUUCCCGUUGACGAAGACCGUAGACACGAAAACAAUGAAUUGGAGUGUGGUGAUGUAUGUCGGUAUGCUUUCUUUUGCCUCCGUUUAUUAUAUGAUCUGGGGCCGGCAUAAUUUCAUUGCUCCCGUGGCGCUGGUGAAGAGAGAGGGCAGACAUUACGCCUGA